UAAUUUGGCAUUGUUGUCCGCAAAUAUGGCCUGUUAUGCUUAAUUUCAGAUACUAUUCCCGGAAAAUUUCUUCUUCAGAAUUCUAUCUAAGAGACCCCAAAUCCUAUUACUCUAAUCUCUUCAAAUGGGGUGUAAGGUAAACCCUUCAAACCCUCUAACUCUUUUCAAUGUCUCAACAAAAAGAGCGGGGCUUUGUCCCAGAAAAAUCAUAACCUUCUCCUCUUCUUACAGUCAAAGCCAGGAAACCCAAGAGCUGAAAUCUGAAAUUUACACAGUCAACUUCAAGACUUUGGGAGCUUGUAAGCUUGGAAUUGCUAAAUAUCCUGACUUUGGUUACAAUGCUGAAGGUGGGAAAGGCACUGGGUUUGCUUCGAAAAAGGUCGCAAAAACCAACUCUGAAGAUGAUGAUGAACUUUUGGUUUCUUUUGACCUUAAUACACUGUAUAUUCCACCGUUGACGAGUUCAACGACUAAGUUCUUGGGUUUACCACUGCCACCAUUUUUGAAGAUCAGUAUUGACCCACAACUCCUUCGAGGGAUUAUCAAUCAAAACUCUGGUCAGGUUGAUCUUGAAUUCAAGGCCAAGUUUUGGUUUACAGUAGGGAGUUUGUACAAAGCGCCAGAAUUGAUAGUGGAGACGGUGUUAACAUCUGAGGAGUCAGUGGGGAAAAUGAGAAGUGGAAGAGGAGAAAGGUUGAACAAAGAUGGAAAGUGCAGAUUGGUUGGGGUGGCUACCGUUGAUCCUAUUCAUGAUUUCUUGAUGAACUCCUUCCUUGGACUUCCCACUGAGUGCCUUGCCCACCUCAAUGCCAUCAUCUCAUUCACUUCUACUUAUUGAUUUGUUUGUUAAUACAUGCAUCUGCAACUACACUUUCUUUAAUAUUAUAUUUUCCACACGUGUAACAGCUCAAGCAUAAUUUUAUUGAUAAAGCAGAAGAACCUACAAUAAUCUAUAUCUCAAAACUCAAUCAAGAAUGAUAAACCUUAUUCUCUGGGUGUGUGUUUGCCACUCAGUCCCAACGUUGGUUAUGCAUGUGGAUUGUAAGUAAUAUUUAUGCUCAAUAGCUCAAGCUUAUUAUGAUAAAGGAUUCCGAUUAA